AUGUAAUGUUAACAUUGCCAAAUGUUAAUCAAAUGUCAGAUUUAAUGUGGCUUUCGUAGAGAUUUUGUAAGAUUUACUUUACUUUUAAUAUGAGUAGGAGAAAUAUAUUUGUGAGAUCAGUAGGCAGUGCCGCAAGGAAGUUUAGGGCGAUACAAGAGGUUUGGAUUCUGCCAUGGUGGGGCAGUGGAGGGCUGACUACUGUUCCAUUGUGGACUGUGGACACCGUGGUUUUGAUAGUGAAAUUGUGUUCCACUUGUGUUAUGGCCAUAUUCAAAGUGUUAAUUCCUCCAGCUAUGAAAAGCCUUCAUGGAGAAACAGUGUUGAUCACGGGUGCCGGCAAUGGUUUGGGUCGGGAGCUGGCGCUGCAGUUCGCAGAGCUGGGCGCCACCGUCAUUUGCUGGGACAGCGACGCGCGGCGCAACAACUCCGUCAUCGACGAGAUACGGAGCAAGGACGGUGAUUGCUUUGGCUACACGGUGGACAUAACUGCGCGGGAGCAGGUGGCAUCGCUAGCGGCGCGCAUGCGUAGACAGCUGACCGACGUGUCGAUGGUAAUCAGCAACGCGGGCGCAUUAACCUGCGCCCCUUUCAACCACUUGCGGCCUGACGCCAUCGCCAGGAUCAUCGAAGUCAACUUGCUAGCGCAUUUCUGGUUAAUUCAAGCAUUCCUGCCGAGUAUGAUAGAAAGGCGCCAGGGACACAUCAUUGCCAUCAACUCUAGUGCAGGACUCAUGCCCUGUCCUGAGAUGAUUCCUUAUUGUGCUGCAAAAUUUGGUUUAAAAGGUUUGAUGGACUCAAUAACCGAGGAGCUCAGGCUGGACACGUGGACCAAGAACAUCCACACCACAUCUGUCUACCUGGCUACGGUAUCCACCGGCCUGUACCCCCCUCCUAGCCAUCGGUUCACUGCCUGGUACUCCGAAAUCACAGCAAAGGAAGCGGCCAGAAUUAUAAUCGAAGGCGUCCGCAAGAAUCACAAGAACAUUAGCAUACCGUCCUUCAUGAAAAUGCUGAUUGCAAUCAACAACCUUAUGCCGUACCGCAUAUGGAUUAUUUUCUACGACUUCUUCAAUUUCGGCCACAGAGGUUGGUUUUAUUUUUGCUAAGGAUAAAACUGGUGGUUACCUGAAGCGAAACUGGUGCUGAAGAUGUGUUCUUAUCAACGAUAAUCAAUACCUUAGAUACACCACGUGCGCUCAAUAUGUGUCCCUAUGAAGAAGUGCUUGAACACCACUCAAGCACUUCUUGGUUCACAGUCAUGCUUUUUUUUUGAGUGUGUAUGCUGUUGGUCGCAGAUGACUUUACAGCGUCACCGGGUUUGGGGAACCACAGUCACGCGCGGACCGUUGAGAAGUCAAGUUGCCGCAAAGCUCCGUGAAAAUCUUUUGAGAUUUAAUAUCGCUGCUUCUUAUUUGAUUAAUUUAACGUUAGGGUGAUCUCUUAAUAUGAUUAAUAUUAAUUUAUAGGAGUAUUUUUAUUAUACAGGGUUAAUUUUAAUAUACCAAAAACCUCGCAGAUUACUACAUAACACCAUUUGUUCUAUGAGUUUAACAUACUACGUAGGUAAUCGAUCAAUAAAAAAAAUAAGCUGUCGUGACAUUUAUACGUAUAUGCUUCCUUCACAACCAAAAGGGCAUCGCUCGCGCGCUUCCAAUUAUUAAUAUUAAUAUUGUAUUUCUUUACCAGAUACUUUAAUUGCUCACGUAGCUUGUAUGCACUUGGUACACUGAAUCCACAAUCACAUCAUUAUUUACUAACUACAUUAAACAAAUUCCACGUGUCUGUAUUGGUUUGUAGAGUUAAUAAAUAACAUUCGGGCGGUAAAUUAACUCAAUAUUUAUUUAUUUUAUGAAAAUAAAAUGUAACGAAUUUUCAAAACUCGUAGAACAAAUGUUUUCGUGUAUCUAGUACUGCGAGGGUACCGGUAUUUUAAAAUUAACCCAGUAUUUUAUCAUAAUUGGUGAUAUUACAAAUGAAAAAAUGAAUAUCAGGCUUCUAAUUACAAAAUUCAUAUAUAAUAAAUGGUGUCGAAUUUUUUUACUAAUAUAGAGAAGUGAGAAUUGAGAAUAGUUUACAUUUGUUUGUAAAACUUUAAGUAUUUAAUAAAUGCAUAUUAAUAAAAUGUAUUUUCUUUU